UGAAGUACAAGGAGGCGAUUCGUCUCCGAGGCCUGAAACCAGGCAGAUACCUAUCGGUCCAGGCAGGAGAGUACUUUUCCGGAUUGCCGCUUGGAUGGACGUCGCCGCAUGCUGGGGCUGUGAGCCCACAUGAUAUGCGGGCAUGGUUGGAUUCGCAGAAGGUCUGGGAUGUGGCUGAUUCUCUGUCAAAGAUGACAGCAAUCAGUUUGUUUUCCGGUGUGGGGGGUUUAGAGCUCGGACUUUCUCAGUUCUUUCACACAUUGGAGUACGUGGAGAACUCGCCAUUUUGCACCAAAGUGCUGUUGGCCAGAAUGGCUGACGGCUGCCUGCCCUCUGGCAAAGUGAUUCCUGAUGUCAAAGAUUACAGUCCAUCACCUGAAGUUGCUCGGAACACUGACGCUGUGUUGGCGGGAUUCCCUUGCCAGGGAGUAUCCCAAGCUGGAUGCCAAGCUGGCAUGGCAGACGAGAGAUCCGCUCUGGUGAGCUAUGUCUUCAAGACGUGGGACAAGCUCUUGCCUGGAAGGAGAAAGCUGCUCCUCCUCGAGAAUGUGAGUGCGCUCCUCUCCCGGAAUCCUGGUUGCCGUGGUUUGAUGAACUAUGUGAUUCAGGAGUGCAAUCGGCGCGGGCUGAAGCUCACUUGGUGCUCCAUCCGGUUGUCAAAUUGUGGUUUGGCAGCUGGCAGGAAGAGAAUCUUCUUGAUUGCCCGUGCUGCUGGUGUGAACCAUUUUCCAGCUGGACUCAAGGAAAUUCCGUUCAGUGCUUGGCAGACACCGUGGAACCCGACGUCUACUGUUCCCAUGGAGUUGUGGCUGAAGGAUGAGCUGACACCUGAGGAGCGACUCCGAUUGAAGUCCAUGGGGAACAUUGUUGUUCCCAAACAGGCCGCGCUUGGUGCUUGUGUUUUGGCCAAGAUGCAGGACGUGUAGAGGCCUUCCACUGCAUGCUC